AUGGCUGAUGUUGACAGAAGAAAACAGAUUGAUGAAUUGAUUUUGUGGGGGAAAAAUAAUGGUGCUUUGAUUGACCCCAAAAUUGGUUUUGACUAUUCUCAAGAUAAAGGAGUUUUCGCUUUUUGCUCCUCAAAAGAAUCUGUUGAUCAUGUUGGUCCCUUAUUUAACGACUAUCAAAUAGCCAUACCUGAAAAUAUAAUCAUAAAUUCAACUUUGCCAUCUCAGUUUUUCAAUUCAAUAGGCUUUACUAACUUGAACUAUAAUGACAACAAUAUCUUAAAAUUAUACUUGGCUAAACUAAAAUUCGACACUUAUCCUCAUAACCAAAAUGAUAAUAGUUCAACUUUGAUUUUUCUAAAUCAUCAAUCGUUUUUUAAAAAAUAUAUCAACAAUUUACCUUCAAAGUUAUAUGAUUUAAAUUCUUUUCCUUUAAUUUACAAUAAUUUCGAAAAAAAAAAUUAUUUGGUCAAUACAAACCUUAACGAAAAAUUUUUAAAUGAAAAAUUAUUGUACUUAAUUAACGAAUGGUUUCAAUCAAUUUCAAUCCUAAUUGAUCUUGACAAAAAGAAUAAUUUAAAUAAUUCCAUUAAUUAUCACCCUGAUGACAUCAAAUUUUAUACUGAUAAUUUUGCUAAUAAUAAUGUUAAUAACGAUAAUCAUGAACAUUCUUUAAACUUUAUCUCAUCUGAUUCAUUUCAAGAAUACCUAAAUAAACCAAUAACCUCUUGGUCAAGUUUUAACGCUUAUCUAUGGUCCCAUUUAAUUUUUACUUCAAGAAGUUUUUCCUAUCAUAAUUUGAAUCCACUGGCUCAUCAAAAUCAGCUAAUGCUAGUUCCAAUCCUCGAUUUUUUAAAUCAUAAAUCAAAGGAAAAGUUAUUAUGGUCUUUUAUCACUAAAAAUAAAAACUCAAAUAAAAACAACAAUAAAAACAACAAUAACAAUAAAAACAACAAUAACAAUAACAAUAACAAUAACAAUAACAAUAACAAUAACAAUAAUAAUAAUAAUAAUAAUAAUAAUAAUAAUAAUAAUAAUAAUAAUAAUAAUAAUAAUAAUAAUAAUAAUAAUAAUAAUAAUAAUAAUAAUAANAAUAAUAAUAAUAAUAAUAAUAAUAAUAAUAAUAAUAAUAAUAAUAAUAAUAAUAAUAAUAAUAAUAAUAAUAAUAAUAAUAAUAAUAAUAAUAAUGAUAAUGAUAAUGAUAACUCAAAUAUUUCCUUUUUCACUUUAAAAAUUCAAAAUUUUAAUAAUACUCCUCAAAAUCAAGAGCUAUUUAAUAACUACGGUUGUAAAAAUAACGAAGAACUCUUACUAGGUUAUGGCUUUCUUUUCAAGGAUAACGAAUUUGACUCAAUCGCUUUAAAAUUAAAACUAUCCAAUAACCAAAUAAAUCAAAUUAAACUAUUUGAUAAUUCAAUAUCUCUACCAGAUAUCUCAAAUUAUACCAAUCACCCCAACUACCAAUCUAUUAUUUCUUCCGAUGAUACAGAGUUAUUAUUCUACAUUGCCAAUUACGACAUGGACGAAAAAAUUAACUCUCUAAUUAAUAUAUUUGCAAUCUUAUCUAAAAACGAUUACGAUGAUUAUUCAAUCCAAAAAAAAAUAUCAAAUGCUAAUGAAAAUCAAAAUGGAAAUGGAAAUGGAAAUCAAAAUCAAAAUCAAAAUAAAAAAAAAAAAAGCAUCUACACUUUGAGAAUGAAACUAUUAGGUCUUAAAAACUUAAAAGUCGCAAUCGACUCAAAACUAAACAAUCUAAACAUCUCCAUCAAUGGAAAUUCAAACUAUAUUAACCAAGAAAUAAUACUUAAAAACCACUCCAAUCUCAAAAAUUAUCAAAAUUGCCAGCUAUAUAAAACUCAACAAAAAAAAUUAUACGAAAAAAUAUCCUCAAUAUUAAAAGAAUCUGAAAAGAAUUUAAUUCGAAUUAACCAACCCUUGGGCAAACUUCUAACUCUAAAAAAGGCCUUCAAAUCAGAUUUAAAAUUUCAAUACUCUUUAAGAAUUAUCUUUGGCUUUAAAAAUUACGAUAAAUUAUCACAAUCUGAAUCGGAAGAUCAAAUCUUAAUAUUAUGGUUGGUUAGAUGUUGCAAUAAAAAUUAUUAUAUAAAUGAACUGAAAAAUAAUCCAACAAACACCUAUAAAUUACCAGAAUGGAUCUUUCAAUUAUUCAAUUGGUAUAAGAUUAACUAUUUAAAGUCAUUUCAAAUCACUUUAGAAGAAAAACAAUAUUAUGAAUCCUUAUAUAAAUAUUUUAUCCCUGACAUUAUUUCCAAAUGUCCUGAAAUUUAUUCAAAGGGUUCAUGGGGAUUAAUUGAGUUUAUUUUAGCAGGAAAAAUAUUGGAAUUAAUUAGUUAUGAGAGAACUGCAAAAAAUGAAACUAUUUUGGUCAAUAAUGAUUAA